AGGCCAUGGAAGAUGAUUGGCUUCAAAUAGACCACAAGUGGAGUCAAUAAUGAGAACUGGUCUUAGCUUUCCCUUGCCUAACUUACACUGUUGUUCUUCUAAUCCUCCUCAAGAAUGAAGGAUUCUUCAAACCUUCUCUUCACAUUGAGAUGCAUAGAGAAAAAAGAGUGACAAGUUCCAUGUAUGCACACUGAUAAUCUUGGCCAUGGCUCAUCAUGUUUUGAUGGUUUGCUCCCCUGCACAAGGUCACAUCAACCCCGCUCUUGAACUCGCUAAGCGGCUCGUCAAGAAGGAUUUGCGUGUCACCUUUGCCACCACAGCGCACGGUCUUAGCCGCAUCCAUCAAGCCAUCGACAUUGUCUCCUUUGCCUCCUACUCUGAUGGUUUCGACCAAGGAUUCGACAAUUCUAUUGCUUUUGCAGACUAUGUAUCCCAAUUCAAGCGCUUGGGCUCCGAAACAUUGGCAGCUCUAAUUCGCAACUUGGCUAGCCAAGGUUGUCCUGUAACCUUUAUCAUAUACAAUUCUGUGGUCCCUUGGUCAGCUGAUGUCGCCGAUGAGCUCGGAAUCCCCUCUGCCCUCCAUUGGAUACAAUCCGCGACUGUAUUCGUGAUUUACUGGAACCACUUUCGCGGCAGCAAAAGUAGCAGUUACCUCAUUUCAACUACCAAUGUUAGAGUUACAGGCAUGCCAUUACUUAACAUAGAGGACCUCCCCUCCUUCCUCCAACCAUCAAAUACUAAUAAUAUUGCAGUCGAAUCGCUUGUAGAGCUGUUUGAGAUGCUGGAUAGCAGAAGGAUUGAUUGGGUGAUAGCUAGUACUUUUGAUGCAUUAGAGAAGGAUUUGAUAUCGGCUAUGGAGAAGGAAAAUAUGACACUCUUAAGCAUAGGGCCAUUGGUCCCAUCAGCAUUUAUCGAUGGAAAAAAUCCUGAAGAUACAACUUUUGGGGGUGACAUGUGGGAGAAGUCCAAGGACUACAUGGAGUGGCUUGGCUCCAAGCCUGUUGGAUCUGUGGUCUACGUCUCUUUUGGUAGCUUGAGAGUUCUCUCACCAAUGCAAGCUAGGAACAUAGCCCGAGCAUUGUCAGAAAGCAGGCAUUCUUACCUGUGGGUUGUUGGAUCAUCAGAAAAGGCUCUACAAAACAUAGAAAUUGAAGAUAGUGAGAGGGGUCUGGUGGUGGGUUGGUGCAACCAAGUGGAGCUGUUGGCACACCCUUCAAUUGGGUGCUUCGUGAUGCAUGGCGGAUGGAACUCGACAAUCGAGAGCUUGGUGGCAGGAGUGCCAAUGGUGGUUUUACCAGAAUGGAGUGACCAAACCACAAAUGCAUGGCUGGUAGAGAGGGUGUGGAAGUGUGGUGUGAGAGCGAAGGUCAGGGAAGAUGGGGUCUUGGAGGAGGCGGAGCUGAAGAGGUGCAUUGAGCUUGUAAUGGGUGGUGGUGAAGAGGGAGCAGAGAUGAAGAAGAAGGCAAGGGAAUUGAGUUGGUUGGCAAAGGACGCAUGGAAAGAAGGGGGGUCAUCAGAAAUCAAUCUUGAUCGACUUUUAGAGAAGAUUGUAGCAUAGAGCUGAUCAGCUUUUAGAGUAGAUUGUAACAUACAGUUGGCGUGAUUUAUGUCCUAUAUGUGUUUGUUUUUUUGAAUGAAUGUGUACAUGUUUAUGGUUUGGUUUAGUUAAUGGAAGAAUUAUUCAUGUUU